AUGUUCACAGAUGACAUACGCCGAGAUACGUCUCUUUCCAACGAAUUUCCUACCGCGAAUAGAAGACCCGGCAUAUCUCAGUAUAGGCUGAUUGAAGACGUCGAAGACCUCGACAUAUGCAACCUAGGAGGAUAUCAUCCUCUACAAGUCGGGGAUGAGUUGGACAAUGCCCGCUAUGGAGUGAUUGACAAGCUUGGGUAUGGAGGAUACUCGACUAUAUGGCUAGCGCGUGGUAUACAAAUAGCCCGAUAUGUGGCAGUGAAGGUGAUCACUGCUGCUAAUGACUACACGCGGGAGGCUAGUGUGAUCUCCUCUCUUGGGAACGCGCCAUCUACACCUGGAAAAGAGGUUAUCCCACCCCUGAUCGACCAAUUUUGGAUUUACGGUCCUAAUGGUAAGCACAGAUGCUUCGGGCUUUUCCGACCCAAGGUUGCACAGUCGAUUAUCGCUCAGUUCGCCCGGGUGUUUAUUCCUGAUUGGUUUGGUAUCAGUAGCGAUGGUGUUGAUUUUGGCGAGGAGAGGAUCAUCCUUAGCGACUCAAAUUCUCCUCAAAAGACCCUUCCUCUCCAGCCACCUGAAGCCCGAUUCUCAGACGAGCCGCUCUCCUUCGCGUCGGAUAUCUGGACACUUGCUUGUACCAUCUGGGAGACUGCUGGCCAGCGCUCAUUGUUCGGAACGUUCUUCCCAGCUGCCGAUCGCGUUACCGCAGAGCAAGUCGAGGUUCUUGGCAUCUUAUCCCCAGAGUGGUUGGAAAAAUGGAGUACAAGACUGGAUUGGUUCAAUGAAGACGGCGAAUUGAAUGAGCUAGAAUGUCUGUGCAUAGGGCCUUAG